CGGCAGCGGGGCAGCCUUGCGUCCUGCACCCUCCGCACCAGCCCAGCUUAAGACGCAUCCUCUCUUGCACCGCGGCUUCGCCUGGCUUUCUCAAACUCUUGAUGCUGCCUAGCUGAAAGGAGAAGAUGGGCACCGGAGAUUUCAUCUGCAUUUCCAUGACUGGAGGGGCGCCCUGGGGGUUCAGACUGCAAGGAGGCAAGGAGGAGAAACAGCCUUUGCAAGUCGCAAAGAUUCGAAGCCAGAGCAAGGCAUCGGGCUCCGGGCUGCGUGAGGGGGAUGAAGUGGUGUCCAUCAAUGGAAACCCCUGUGCAGACCUUACCUACCCUGAAGUCAUCAAGCUUAUGGAAGGCAUAACCGACUCUCUGCACUUGCUUAUUAAAAGACCCUCUAGUGGAACAAGUGAGACUUUGGAUUCUGAAUCAGAAAAUACAAACCAUCAGCAUCCUACACAUGAGGGGCCCAUGGAAAGUACCACCCUGCAGAUUCAGCAAGGCACUGAGACUCAGGGGAAAGUCGCCUUUCUCGCUCCAGUCCAGACUAAAGUUCCCCUAACUGAGGACCAAGGCAAUGCCUGGGGUUGUGCAGAAUGUCCAAAAGAAGAACAAGUUCCCCUGAUGCUCGGCUCUCAAGAAGGACAAUUGGUAGAAGAGGUCAUCUUAAGGAAAAAGGCAGAAGCAGGCCAGCCAGGCCAUGUGGUUGAGCUUCAGCUGUCCCUCUCAAAGGAAAGCCAUCAAUGCACCAGUGGCCCUAUAGUGACUCUCCAGGGAAAUGAAAAAUUCAAGUCUUCAGACCCAGACUGGAGCUCACAACAUGAGAGAACUGUCCACAUAAAUUCGAUCCCUGCUCCUGAGAAAGCAGACACUGCUCUGACGUCCAGCACCACAGUCCAGACCUCCAGUGGCCGGGAGUUGAGAGUGAUCCAGGGAGGAGACCCAGGAGGCGCAGGGCUGCCCCAGGUGGAAGUGAUUCUAGACUGCUCUGACAGGCUGAAGGCUGAAGAGUGCAGGCUGCAGACAGGAAGGGGGUGUGUGGCUUCUCCCGUGGAAGGAGGGCGGUCAGAAGCGCCUCCUUCUCUGGUCUCCUUUGCUGUCUCGUCAGAAGGCACUGAGCACGGGGAAGAUCAACUCUCGGGAAAGGAUCACCGCAGACCACACAAGCACCGGGCACGCCAUGCUCGGCUCAGGAGGAGUGAAAGUCUAUCUGAAAAGCAAGUGAAGGAAGCGAAGUCUAAAUGCAAAAGCAUCGCCCUUCUCCUAACGGAUGCUCCCAACCCAAACUCCAAGGGGGUGUUGAUGUUUAAGAAGCGGAGGCGGAGGGCCCGGAAGUACACCCUAGUCAGUUACGGUACUGGCGAGCUUGAGCGAGAGGAGGAGGAGGAGGAGGACCAGGAAGCAGGUGACAAGGACGAGAUAAGUGACGUUGCAUUUCUUGGAACCAGUGAGUCGGAAGUGGAUGAAGAGUUGCUGUCUGACAUUGACGACAACACCCAAGUUGUGAACUUUGAUUGGGAUUCUGGACUGGUGGACAUUGAAAAGAGACUCAACCGAGGGGACAAGAUGGAGAUGUUGCCAGAUACCACAGGCAAGGGCGCGCUCAUGUUUGCCAAGAGGAGAGAGAGGAUGGAACAGUUCACAGCCCAAAAUGAAGAGGAGAAGACAGGUGGGAUGGCAGGCGGAGGACCGGAUGCCCUCCAGACGGACGGUCUGAGAACCAUGACUUCUUAUCAGCGAAAAGAAGAAUCGGUAAGAAUGCAGAGCUCUGUGAGCGAAAGUUCCUUCCAGAUGGGACGUAGUCUUGCCAGUGUGCCACAACAGAAUGGCUUCAGUGGAGUGUCAGAGACAGCAGGGGCCCAGAGGGUGAUCCCUAUGAACAGAACCGCCAAACCCUUCCUGGGAUCUAUGAACCAGCCAGCAGCACCAUUCUCCCCAACUCGGAGUGUGACAAGUCCCAUCUCUGACUUCCCCGCUCCGCCACCAUACUCUGCGGUCUCGCCUCCACCGGAAGCCUUCUCCAGGGGGAUAUCAAGCCCAGUGGCUGGCCCAGCACAGCCCCCUCCAUGGCCCCAGCCUGCUCCGUGGUCACAACCAGCCUUCUAUGAUUCAUCUGAACAAAUAGCUUCCCGCGACGAGAGGAUCGCAGUGCCGGCCAAAAGAACGGGAAUACUGCAGGAAGCCAAAAGACGAGGCACAACAAAACCCAUGUUUACUUUCAAAGAAACCAAAGUAAGCCCCAACCCCGAACUCCUAUCACUUCUUCAAAAUGCAGAAGGCAAGCGAGGCACUGGAGGGGACUCUGGGCCGGAAGAAGAUUACCUCAGUUUAGGCGCAGAGGCUUGUAACUUCAUGCAGAGUUCUGCCAAACAAAAGACCCCACCUCCUGUCGCUCCUAAGCCUGCAGUCAAGUCCUCCUCUUCCUCCCAACCAGUAGCCCCAGUUUCUCCAGUCUGGUCUCCAGGAGUGGCUCCAGCCCAGCGUCCUGCCUUCUCCACAUCAAAUCCACCGAACCCACCACAGGUCACUGCUGUGUCCUCCAUCAAAAUAGCCCAGCCUACCGCCCCUCCUGCCCGGCCCGCGAGUGCGCUGAACCUGGCUGGUCCUUUCAAAGGUCCCCAAGCAGUAGUGGUCAGUCAUAACUACACGCCCAAGCCAUCAGCACCCACACCAUUAGUAAAUGCUGCUCCUGCUGGUGCAGGGGGACCAUCCAAUGAGCUUCCUGGAAUGAGUGGGAAAGGAGCCCAACUCUUCGCUAAAAGGCAGUCUAGGAUGGAGAAGUAUGUGGUAGAUUCCGACACAGUGCAGGCCCACACAGCUCGGGCCCAGUCUCCCACUCCAUCCCUGCCCGCCAGUUGGAAGUACUCCUCCAAUGUCCGAGCCCCUCCUCCUGUAGCCUACAAUCCUAUCCAUUCCCCCUCUUACCCACUGGCUGCUAUCAAGUCUCAACCACCGGGUGCCCAGGCUUCCAAAACGAGCAAGAAAAAGGGCAAGAAACCUCUUAACACUUUGGAUGUCAUGAAGCACCAACCAUAUCAGCUCAAUGCGUCUUUGUUUACCUUUCAACCCCCUGAUUCAAAGGACGGCCUCCCUCAAAAGUCAACAGUCAAGGUCAGUUCAGCCCCGGCCAUGAAGCAAGCCCUUCCUCCCCGGCAGGUGGAUGUUGGGUCUCCCACAAAUGCGCAGGCUUCUUCUGUGUACUCGGUACCGGCUUAUACCUCUCAGCCCAACUUCUUUGCGGAGGCCACCUCACCAGUCAGCGCAUCCCCGGUGCCUGUGAGUGUCCCCACCUCUCCAAAGCAAGAAUCGACCUCCACAUCCUAUUUUGUGGCUCCAAGGCCGAAGUUCUCAGCCAAAAAAAGCGGGGUCACAGUUCAGGUGUGGAAACCGUCAGUUGUGGAAGAGUGAUCUUGUAGCUGAAGUUGAGUGUCCACUUUGCUUGAAAUGAAUCGUUUGCAGUGUUGAGUCCCCAAGGAUGCUUAGCAGAUCCUCACCUUACUUAAUUUCAGAUAUAUUUACCUCCCAAUCUGGGUCCAAGAAGCAUAAUAAUAUGUUUUUGGGUCAAAACCCCAACUCAGUUGGACUUAAAAUAAUAUAUUUAUUUUCUUUGCACACUUCAAACUAUCUGUGAUAUCCCAAAAUAGGCAUGUGCAGAUACAUUAAGCAAGCAGGAUACUUAGGAUUUAUGCUUUUGCCAUAAGACAGUGGUCAGUGUGACCAAGCUUGGGGACACAGCCUUUAUGUAAUACACCAGCUGUGCUCCCAUAGUGAAGGGUGAACGUAGUGAAAAUACACCGUGACACCGCGAUGGCUGGAAUCCCCUUCGUUAGCUCUAUUCUUGGUAUUAAGGAAAUAGGAAAUCUCUCAAAGGCAGGAAGGGCUCUGCUCAACCACCUCAGAGGCCUGUUUGCUGCCAUCAAGAAGGUACUCCGAGACUUGCUAGGGUUUAUAUAGCUUAUCAAUAUGUUGUAAGGAAGAUCUUAGGCACAGGGCACUAAGUCUGUACUAGACCCUUUACUAGAUGUCCUCACAUACACUGGCUCACUUCAGAAGACACAGUUGAAGUAACUAGCAUCGGGAGAGGAAGCUUAUUAUCUUUAGAAAUGGAUUCUCAUGGUCCCUUCCUGUUCCUUAAGGAACCAUGGAGCAGUUUCUCCUAUUGCUGGAGAAAGCCCCGAGGCAGAGUAGCUCAGUAGAAUGGAGAAACAUCCAAAGGAGAAUGGACACAAAGUAACUCCUGGCUAUUGUUUUACUCUGAGAAGCCACACAGUCGGGUUACUGACCACUGGAGCAUGCAGACAAAGCAAGCACUGUUGAGAGCCUCUCUGGGUGACCUCCCAGAUGUUUUGUUUUUUUUUUUCCUGUGUUCACUUUGCUCUUCUGCUUCCUCCACUGUCCCUUGCAAUUCUAUUCUUGCACCUUCAUUUUCUUGUUUCUAUUUGAUGAGCCAGCAUAGUUUGAAGAAGGUUACCUUGUAAAUUUGGAUUGGUUACACGCCAUGGUGUCAUCCAGCUGGCCGUGAGGUUAGUAAUGUUACUGAUGGCAGACCUGAAGACCUUUCUCAUAUCUAUUUUAAGCCUGAGUGGAACCAAACAUGGAAAAUCUUCCACGUGAGUUAGUGGAGGGAAGCGCAAAGAAUCACCACCACGCCAGGGGAAGCCCGCUUUGCACAGGCGAUGUCUAGAGACUUCCUGUAAAGACUUUGCUGGUUUGGGGGUGCACAGUGCCAUUUCCUUCUCAAGAUAUCUGCGUUCCUGUCUUCUGCUGCCAAUACCCUUCUGCUGUAUUCCACUAUCCUAUUAAAAUAUUACCUUCUUCUUUAUCUGCUCAUUGUAUGUGUUU